AUGUUGUCAACAUCGUUACGCCGGGCCGCCUGGGCGCCUCUGUCCGGCAUAACCCUGCCUGUCCAAAACGUGCCCUCGACCGGCCUCGUCGGUGUCACCCGCAAACUGCACCAGCGCCGGUACUCUUCCUCCUCUUCAUCCAAACCCCCGGUCCCGCCUAGCGAUGGCUCUCGUCGCAUGGAUACCUCGACUCCCGCCAAGAGCGUGAACUCAUCUGGUGAGAAGAGCAAGGCGGCCCGCCGCCGUGGAAAGGAGAACGGCGCUCGCAACAACCAGCAGCAUGCGGCAUUCUCGAAUCUCCCGAGCGUCCCCUCGACACAGCACAGACAACCACAUGACGUCCAUGUUGCCUCGUUCUUCUCCAUCCACCGUCCGAUCUCGGUCACAACCACGGUUCCCCCGACCUCGUCCGCAGAAGCUUUCGAUGCGCUCUUUUCCUCAAAGAAGUUUAUGAAGAACCAGCCGGAAGAUGUCAUUCUCACUCUUUCCAACACCGCUCAGUCCAUGGAGAACAUGGCUCACGGCAUGGAGGGUGAAGAUCAGUUCGGCCAGCUCCAGCGCAGCUUCGCAAGUGAUGCCGACGGUGAGCUCCGCAUGCUCGAUGGCCCCGAGGCCAAGAUGACUGUGGAGGAGUACACUCGUCGCCUUCGUCCGUUCCACCCUCCUCCUCCCCCAGUCCCGAUGGACAUGAACGCCAACUCCGAAGCCAUGGAAGCCGCCGAGGCCGAGAACCAGGAGGAAUUCUCGACAUACUCGACCGUUCUCACUAUCCGCGAGUCUCGCCACGCCGACGGUCGCAAGACCUACGAGGCCUCGACUGGUCCCUUCGUCCGCGACAUGGAGACUCCUGCUGGUGAACAGGAGGGCGUCACCAUUGAUGCUCCCAGCGGUACCUCUGGCAUGACCUAUGUCGAGCGCCUUCGCCACAACCGUUCUAUGCACGCUAUCAGCACCAAGAGACGGCGCAAGGUCAAGAUGAAAAAGCACAAGUUCAAGAAGCUGAUGCGACGGACACGCACUCUUAGACGGAAACUUGACAAGGCAUAG